UAUAUAUAUAUAUAUAUAUAUUCAUUCCCCACGUUCACAGCACUCACGUUUAAGGUUCCUUAUUGGCCUGGGUGCGUGUGUCCAAUCCUUAUAUAGGGGUAGGAUGUAAAUGUAUAUGUGACUUUGACAAAGGCUGUGAUACAGCCGAAACUUUAGUAUUUAUACAUUCGUAAGCCCUGAGAGUGCUGUCUCUACUUUGGAGGAUUAUAAAUAUAUAUAUAUAUAUAUAUAUACAUACACACCUUCUGGUUUAUUUUUCGUGUAAAGGUGGAUUCCCCUUUAUUGGGUAUUAUCCUGACAAUAUACUGUAAAGAUAGGAUAUCCCCUAUAAAAUUUGCUGCAUCCACAAAAUCUCCGUUAAACAUACUGGAGGUUCAAUCUCUGGAACGGAAUUAAAAUGCCUAGAAUCCAGGCCCGGACUGGCAAUCUGUGGGUUCUGGCAGAGGGGCUGCUAGAAGGUCCCAUAGAAAGUCAGUAUUUAGAGGGCUGGUAGGGGCUAUCUGGGCCUACAUGUGGGCUGAUUGGGCAUCUGUGUACCUGAAAUGCCAGGACCUAUUCUCAGUCCGGACCUGCUAGAAUCUUCCGGGCUCCUUUUAAAAAACACGACAGCUUUAAUGUAGCCAACCCAAGUCAGACUUGUACUGUACGCUGUUCUGCAAGCCCUUAUUUUGGAGCGGUACAGUUCAGUUACAGUAUUUUUCUCUGGUGUUUCCUGGUGAUGUCAGACAGUGUUACAGUAAGGAAGUGCAUGAAGGAGGGAGGAGGCAGCCUGCGGUUAAAGGAACUGUAUGAAGUUUGUUAUAGAUUCUCUUUCUACUCAUUCCAUGGGAUAAUCAACAAUUUCAUUCUGCACCACCUUUUCCCUACUUUGCUCAAUACAAAGAUACCAUUUCUCAACUUGCUGAUAUACUUUCAGGUGCUUUUUCAUUGUUCUAAUUGAUCCCAUUGAAGAUAAGCACUGAAAAUAUGUCUUACUAUUUCCUAUAUUCAUUGAUGUUCUGAUUGUAUAAAUGAUGCUGCCUUCGUCUUCAGCCAACAGAACUUCCCCAGAUGGUGGGAUAGACGAUGCUCUUCUUAAGGGUUUCUAUACACAUGCUCAGAGAAUCAAGCAAGAACUAGAACAAAUAAGAGCAAAAUAUGGAGAUAUUCUGAUAAAAGUGGGAUUUCAUGGUGGAAUAAAAAGAAGACUGCUUACAUUUACUGUCCCAGUUUCUACUCAGUAUAAUGGUCAUUAUUUUCAGAUACAAGUGUGUAUCUGGCUCCAUCCCACUCAUCCUGAGACUCCACCACAAUGCUACCUUGCAGAUAAAGUAAAUAUAGACUUACAGCCUGGUGACGUUAUUUCCAAGAACUGGCUGAUGAAUCUAAAAUAUGUUCAAGAAUGGAAUUAUACAAGCUCACAUUUACUUGGACUUUUAGAGGAUGUUGAGGAUUUCCUGAAGAAAGAAAUAUCUGCACGUUUCACUGCAAACUGUUGGAAUAACAAAUCACUUAAAGCAGCCAGCACAAGCCCUUCCAUUAGCAGGACGUCUCAAACAAGUAAUCUGGUUUCUCCCAGAAUAGAUGCAAAUGUUUCUCCCCUUCUACAAAAGCAGCAAUGGCAGCAGGAGACAAAUAAAGGCAGAGAUUCAUGUAGCGAUAUUGAAGAUGCCUUUAAGAGCCUUACUCUGGAAAGCAUAGUCAGAAUGUAUGACUUGAAGGCAUCAUCUAAAGACACUGAAGAACCAAGUAACAAUACAGUCUGUGGCAUUUUCCAGCCUUCUCCCGGCCACACCUCCACAGAAAAGCAAAAACUCUUUGAGGAUAUAUGGAAAGUGAACAGAGGAUUUUGGAGCACAGAGGAUGUGCAGGAAGCAGUUAACACUUGCUCAGAGUAUAUUUCUGCUCUUCAUUACCUUUCUCAUGAAUGUCCAAUAUGUUACAAUCAAUAUCCAUUUUCCAAGUUUGUGACAAUGACUCACUGCAGCUGUUCCUUCUGUAAAGCUUGUUUUGCUCAAUAUUUUUCAUCCGUGAUCAAAGAGAAAAGCAUUAGCGAUGCAGUGUGUCCGCUCUGCAAGAAACCUGAUCUGGAGAAAGAAGGGGACACAGAGGAGGUCAUGGACUACUUUAACUUUCUAGAUACACAGAUCCGUCAUUAUCUUGACCAAGCAACGCAUGAUUUAUUUCAGUGUAAACUCAGAGACAGAACUUUAAUGAAAAUGCCAAAUUUCAGGUGGUGCUGCCAUUGCUCGUUUGGUCUUCUGCAUGAAGCAGACAGAUUACGGAUGGACUGUCCAUCCUGCUGCAAAAGCACCUGUUUCAAAUGUAGGAAACCUUGGGAAGAGCAACAUGAGAAAAUUAGCUGUGAAGAAUUUAGGAUAUGGAAACUAAAUAAUGAGCCAAGCCACCAAGAGGAAAGGCUAAACGCAUAUCUUACUCAAAACGGUAUAGAUUGUCCCUUGUGUAAGUUCCGAUUUGACCUGGCUAAAGGUGGGUGCUUACACUUCAGAUGCACCCAGUGCCUGCACGAGUUCUGCGAAGGCUGCCGACAGCCAUUUAAACAUGGACACGAAUGUGAUUUUUCAACUGACUGCCACAGAAAGGGAUUGCACGCACACCAUUUGCGGAACUGCUUGUAUUACAUGAGAGACUGGGAUUUUCAUAGACUUUACCGGCUUCUACAGGAAAGCGGAAUCCAGUAUAAAGCCAAUAAUGGUCCAGGAUCUGAAAAAGAUCAGUGGACAAAUGAAGAUAGAAGAGCAGCAAGUGCUAUCCAUAAGGAAUACUUGGUGAAAAUAAUCUGCUUGAAUGCACUGGACCCAGCAGAUUUGUAUACAGAGAAAGAAAUGGAGACAGAACUUAAGCGAUGGAAACUUACAGUUCCAGGAUUUUGCAGCGAAAACAACAGAGAAAUGUAUUUACAAAGACUCCGAAUGAUAAUAAAACAAGAAAUACCAUUACCGUCAGCUGCUGUCUAAGGAAACUUCGGGCGACUUCGGAAAAAGAAUCGCCGGUGUUUUUUCAUUUUAGCCGGCGCAGAGUGAGG